AUGACAGUAGCGUCAGACACGUCCCCACGUGCAAUACGCGCUGCUCGACGAGGGGGGGCAGCGCCGCCGCGGGUGCAGCAACAGGAGGGGCGGGUGGAUGUAAGGGCAACUGGGGAGGCUGGGGUGGAGGCUGUGGGGGCUGAGGAAGGGGGAACGGGUUCUGCCGAGGCUGCUGCUGCUGUCGGUCUUGGGGCGGUCCCACCGGCGCGAGCUGCUGCUGCGGCUGCGCUGGAGCUGGCGGAGUCGGGGCCGGCGGCGCCUGCGGUGGCGGGGAUUGCGGGGGGAGUGCCUGCUGCAUUGCCAGACGACGCCUCUGACGACGUCUCAGCCCCCCACCCCGCUGCCACGCCCCAGAUCCAGUCGACCCCGGCAGUGCGGGGUCCAGCGGCGGAGCGGGAGGGAACGGUGGCACCUGGGGAGCUGGCGGCCGUUGCGGCUGAGGCUGGGGCGGCAGGACCUGGUCUGGCGGCUGUGUCUGCCGCUGUGCCGGAGGUGGUGCUGCCGUUGGAGGAGACUGGUGUGGCUGCCGCGGCUGAGGCGACGGAGUUGGCCGAGGGAGCGCCACCGGCAGAGAUGGAAGGGGCAGCGUUUGCUGCGGCUGCAGCAGCCGCCACCUCUGUCGACGGCUUAAUUUCACCCUCUGGGGCAGGUCGGGCAGCGUUGCCGCUACGUGAGGAUGGGGGCCCGGCGGCGGAGGAGUUACAGACGGCACCAGGCUGGGCGGAUUCCCCGGCACCACUCGGGACGGCUGAGAUUGCUGCGGUCGUGGCUGGAGCGGCGAGGCGACAGAGAGGAUCCCCGUCCGAAGAGACUGCGCCGACUGUUGCUGAGUCCGCCGGAACUUCUGUUGCUGCCGCGGCCGCAAACACGCAGGGGCACGGCCAGGCGGGGGGUGAUAGACCGGGUCCCGGGGCCGGCGCCGUUGCCGGCGCCUCUCACGGGAAGACGGGGAGGAAGCUUCGCGUUUAG